CAGCUACGUCCUGCCGCUCGGCACGAGGACACGCUGCUGUGAAUGCGCGUCCUCCCCCCGCGCCGUGCACGUUGCGCCGUGCACGCUGCGCUCCGCGCUCUCGGACGGUAAACUAACUGAUGCGACAUGCACCACGAGUCCUCUGGCGACGGUUCCGGUCGUUUGGUUGAUCGAUCGGAUCCGGGUACGUCCCGCAGACCAUGACGCAGAACCCGCCGCCUCCAUCUGACGCGCUGACCCCGCUGACACCCCGUCAGACUCAGACUCACACUUUGGAGAUAUCCUGCAGAGGCGUUUUCCUUUUUUUUGGCGCAGCACGGAAACUGUGGUGCAAUCCAGCGGGCGGUGUCCGGGAGGUGAUCUCCAGAUGAUCUGAGGGCUCUGCGUAAUAUACUACGAUCAAUAGAGGACGCGCAGACAGGACCCCCCUCCCCGCUGUGCAGGAUGAUGUCACUGAUAGACCUGGACGACGAUCAGCGGUGGGUGCCCACGCAUGUCAACAUCACCGUCCUGCGCGCACGGGCACUGCGCACCAAGGGCACGCACGGCAGCCGCUACCUCUACACCACCAUCCAGGUGGGGAAGGAGAAGUACACCACCGGGCUGGUGGAGAAGGCGGCGGUGCCCGAGUGGAAUGAGGAGUGCUGCUUCGAGCUGCUCCCCGGGAUCCUGGAGGAUGGCGGCCGCGGCGCUUACCCCCCGGGGAGCGGGGACCUGGUCCUCACGGUCAUGCACCGGGUGCUUAUCGGGCUUGACGUGUUUCUCGGUCAAACCGUCAUUCCUCUGGACAAGAUAUUCCAUGAGGGGACGUGCCCUCGAGAUGAGUGGUUCAAGCUUAACUCGAAGGCGGGCAGAAAGGCCAAGGAACGCGGGGAACUUCAGGUCACCGUCCAGUUCACUCGCAACAACAUGACCGCCAGCAUGUUCGACCUCACCAUAAAGGACAAAUCGCGCUCCGCCUUUGGCAAGCUCAAGGACCGCGUCACGGGGAGGAAGAGGGGCGACGUGGAGUCCUCCUCGGCCAUUUUGCCCGGCCGCUACGCCGCCCUGUCCGGAACCCCGGGUCAGCCGUUUGGUCAGGAGGGGGGCGGCGGCGGACCGGCGGAGGCGCGAGACCCGGAGGUGACGGAGGAGAAGAGGAGCAAGGUGAAAGAUUUCUUCAAAGGGAGGCUGCGUAAGUCGCCCGACACCAGGUCAUGCUCGUCCCUGGCUUCAGAGAGUAGCGUGUCCUCCAUGGCCAGUGAGACCCCCGGCCCCCCGCCCAGCCUGGAUCUGAUGUCAGACCCUCCCAGCUCACCCAUCUACACUAGCAAAGUGAGGGUGGACACCCAUUACGGAGAGACAGAUUUAGCUAAAAAAGUGCUCACCAGCCAGCACACCACAAAGAUCCUCACACACAAGCGAGCCUUCAGCGAUGAAGCCAGUAAGAUCACGACAGCCAUCCCUCGAUCGAAUCUGGCAGUGGAGUCCCUGAAAGGCCCGACCAUGACUCAGUCCAAGUCUUCCUUGUGCAUCAACGGCAGCCACGUCUACAACUCCGAGCCGUCGACUCCAAAGACCUCGGCGGCCCACCAGUCCAAGCUGGCCCUGCUGGGGAAGUGCUCCCCUCUCUCUCGAUCCCUGCAGAACCUCACCAAGGACAGAGGUUCCACCGCCGAGGGACGACGCUGGUCCUUUGACAAGAUAAGGAAAGAGGAAAAGGAGGAAGAAAAGGAAGCUCAGGCUGCGUCGCCUCCGAUCCGGGGAGGGGGUCGCCCCGUGCAGGCGGAGAUGCCGGUCGUCUCACCUGCCGCGGUUUCACCCGACAUAGGGAGGAAGCUGAGAAAGACGUUAUUCUCCGGAGGGAGGAGUGAUUCUCUGCCAGCUAAGUCCGACCUGAACCAGGCUGCCUCGACAUCUGAGGGGAGGCUCAAAGGCUGGUUCGGCUCCGGGGAAUCUCAGAACAAGCCGAGGCUGGAAGUUUCUCCUAAGGUAGAAAGCAGCUCAGACGCACCCCCUCCCCUCCCCCCUCGCUCCCCCUUACCCUCCCAGUUCUCCCCUCCUCCUGCCUCCACCUCCGGUCAUGUCUCACCUCACGACUGCAAUCACACCAAUCCCUUCACACCCUCCAACUCCCCCUCCUCUACCGCAAUCUCCCCCGCCAACCUUUUCCCUUCGCGUGCGCAGCGCAACCCCUUUUUUGAGGAUCUCAUAGCGGAAGAGUCCCAGAGGUCCCCCCCAUUCGGCUCAUCCCCAUUUCAUUACACCACUCUGCUUUCCCGGCCCUGCGCGUCCAGCCCUGCUCGCGGUGUGAAAGCUACAAACGUGGCUCACAUGAGGCGGGAGCGCCCAAGGCCAGUAGCUAGGCAGAUAUCCCUCCCUGCGAUAUUACCCGAAGCAGCCUCGCUUCGUCCCUCCGCACCUCGCUCCAUGUCAGAGAGCGCAGGAGAGUCGGACGAUUCGUUCGACGCCUUUGCCUCCAGCAGGCUCAACUCCCCUAAAGGGAGACCUCCUCAGACGCAGCCGAGAACCACUCCAACCCCGUCUCACAGACAUAGCUAUCUUCCGGUUGGCAGCGGCACAAAUAAUCCUGCGCAAGAGCUGCAAACGUGCGAAGAGGAGCCUCCGCCUUUGCCUCCGCGGAAACUUCUCCGGGCUUCAGUGAACGAGAUUUCCUCUGACGGCUGGCUGCACAGGGGUCAGGAGCUGGCUGUCCAUAAAGAAGCCUACCUGCUCUCGCAGACCGGAGUGGCCUCGCUGCAACGUGGAAGAGAGGGAGAAAACAAGAGAAACGUCGCGUCUCCAGACCCUCACACCGGCAGCGAGGCCUCCGACUCGCUCAGCGCCGCCUCUCAGCCGCACGCGAAGGAGGGAUUCGUGGGCGAAGAGAAGCUCAAAAAGUUCAAGUAUGAACCUUUGGAGGAUGAAACGGACCGCUGGGGAGGGACGUUGUUUGAGCAAGACCUGUAUGGACGCACGUGCAGAGGAAACUACCGACGACCCAAAGUUAAUCGUUUGUCGCUGAGCGGUGAAGAGACAAACACAUCUGUGAACUUAGGACCAAAGGUACUUGUUAAUAGUGAGACAAUUGGAGCAGAUAUUUCAAACAUUCCAUCAACUGCUUCCAUAAAGCCAGAAGCACUUGACAUUACAACCGCUCCUGCAGAGGAGGUGGAGUUCUAUCCCUCUGAAACCACGUGCAUCAACAAUAAUGCGUCUUCCUCAUCAAUGUUAGGAGAUCUGAACAUGAAUGUUAACAAUUCAGAUUUUGGUUUCAUUGAUUCGGACGGCUCCUCUCAGUCAGAGGUAGUUGACACUCUCAAAGGCACCAUGAGUUUUGGCGGGACCUUCCCACAACCCACAGAAGCUUCACAGGUAGCUGCUUACCGCGUCGAGGCGGCGACCACACCUCCGGAUGUGUUCACUUUGAAGGACACCUACAUUCCUGAGAUGAACUCUUCCUUUGAAAUAACUGCUUCAUCCAACAAACUGUACCAAUUCUCUCCAGUUUGCAAGGAAUACAGUGAACUGAAUAACGUGGUCCAACGCGGUAAACCCGGGUUGAACAGCAGAGAGAUGGCUGCUUUUUCGGAACAAAGUCAAACCUCUGAUAAAGACGCUGAAACCCGUGAAGUUUUAUCCAGGACUGUAAGGGAUUUUAUUAAGACACAAAAUGACUUUGAUGAUAAUGGAAACACGCAGGCUAAAACAGGACCACUGAACCCAAAGGAGACCUUUCCUGGUGUGGUGAGUGCACGUUUCAGACCAAAAGGAGUGUCCCGACAGAACAGCAGCGGCAGCCCGAGCCACCAAAGCAAGGGUGGAGACAGAGAGCUGGAGCAGUUCCUGUCCCUCGUUCAAAACCUUUCAGGAUCCAGUGAGGGGCCGCUGUCGUACCAGCCCUCCAAAUCAGCUUUCCCUUCCUCAGUGGCACUGGCAGAUAUCCCCACAAAUCCCGACGAUCCCACUGCGACACCACUAGCGUCUUCAAAAGACAACCCAACAGCUUUUGAAGAGCUUCACGCUCAGGUGGCACCGAACCCGAGAACCCCGUCAAAGUCAAAGAUUGGGCAAUCUUUGCAGGAAGCCUCCUCCUUCUCCUCCGUCCCGCGCGCGCUCCCCCUGUCGGCAGACCCGCCGGCUGGGCUCCACCUUACCCCUGUCUGUUGCCCCUCCUCGCACCCCUCGAACACGGGGCCCAGCACCACUCUGGCUGUGGCCCCCUACACCUCUUACUCCACCAGCUCCACCACUGACCGGCCCCCAGUCGAUGCACGGCACUCACUUUCGCCUGAGGAGACUCAGCCCGCCUGCAGCCUGCCCCGUCAGGAGAGCAGAACCCAUCCAGUGAAGCCGCUGACCUCCAGUCAAUUGGAGAAGAAGGACGGUCGCUCGGUUCUGGAGAAGCUGAGGUCCACCAUCAACCCUGGACGCGGCGGCCACCAGGUGGCAGCCGAACCUGAGAGGAGUCCGGAGGUGCCGGUGGACCACUCGGCCCAGUACCAGCACCUGACCAACAUGGAGCUGAUCUCGCUGCUCCUGCAGAAGGAAAUGGACCUGCAGAAGCAGGCGGCGGCCUCCGAGCGGCAGACAGCGCAGAUGCACAAGUGUGAGGCGGAGCUGAAAAAGGUCAAGUUACAGGUCCGAGACCUGGAGGACUACAUCGACAACCUCUUACUGCGGAUCAUGGAGCAGACGCCAACGCUGCUUCAAGUUCGCAAUAGACACAAGUGACGAGUGUGUGCGGCACAAGGUGUGUGAUGGAGGAUAAUGUUAUUAUUUAAGAUUGUUGAGGUCCAACUAACGCUCCACAAAAUCGGAUCCCACGACCACGAUCAUCCAGGUCUUCCCAUUCAUGCUAAUACUGCCUUGUUGAUGUAGACACAAUAUUACCCAACAUGCAUGCUGGUUACUAGGCCAAUUUGGCACAAACAGAAAGCAGAAUAAAUAAGCGCUUCUUUGAAAGCCAAAUUAUUAUUUUACUAGUGCUUUGUAGAAAAAGUAAUGGUAGUCAGCUGUUUAAGUUGUAAUUUAAACUUUACACUCAAUGCUUUCACACGUGCAUAAAAUAAAAAAAUAUGCUGCUAGCUCAAGUAACUCCUGAAAUUGCAUGUGUCAAAAUGCAAAAAACAUAAGUUUUGACUCACGGUUUUAAUCUCAAACUGUUAUGAAAUGUAAAGGUUAGCUUGAGUUAAUUGCAUAUUUUCAAUUAGAAUUGAACAAAUAGUCCAAAAAAUAGCAACUUGUCAUAAGAUUCUGCGCUGCUUAACAUCCUUCUAUGAUAAACAAAAAACACUAUUUGCAUUUGAGCCUUAAAAAGACUAAUCAGGAUAAAGAUUUGUAUCUUGUUUCUUUGUAUUAUUUUCAUGUCCUUGUUAAACAACGAUCUGAAAAAAUGUUUUCUGUCCAUUCUGCAUUUCCUGUGUACAGCAAGUAACAUUUCAUAGAGGUAACAUUAUCAAUGCAAUACAUACGAUUAUUAUGAGUUAUAAUAUAUUCUCAGUUGCCACUGUAGUAUCAAUGUAGCCACUUGCAAUGCUUUACAUGACCACUGUACUGUAUGAAAAUAAAGCGAACAUGAGCCAAAGUU